UCAUUAAAAAUUAAGACAUUACAACUAACCGAUUCCAUUGAAAGCAAAUACAUUUAUUCAUUACCAUCUAUCACACCUUUGAUUUGCUUUGCAAAUCUUAGCUUAGCUUAGCUUAAACCUCUAAUCUAAACUAAUCUACUUGACAAUGCUUGUCCAUAUCCCCCUCUCACUGUUUUUCUUCACAACCUCCGAAACCAAAACCAAUACCUCAGCUGGCCACGCCAUCCCCUUUUCCACCCACCAGCAUUUCAACGUUAAAGAAUCCGUUUCUCAGGCCAUCAAACUCCAUCCCCUGCCAAAAACCCAGGAGGAAUUCAUCGAUGAAAGCCGCCAUAAGGGGAAGGAGGGUAGUUGGAAGCUCAAGCUCCUGCACAGAGAUAAAUUGCCCUUUUCCCAUAUUACCGACUUCAGCCGCCAAUUCGGAUCCCGAAUGAAAAGGGACGCACACAGAGUGGCCGCCCUCAUUCGCAGAACUCGCAGCGGCGACAGUGGGAAAACCGCCGAGUAUGAGGUGGAGGAGUUCGGGGCGGAGGUGGUUUCCUGUAUGGAUCAAGGGAGUGGAGAAUACUUUGUGAGGAUUGGAGUCGGGAGUCCGGCGAAAAAUCAGUAAAUGGUGAUUGACUAUGGGAGUGAUAUUGUGUGGGUUCAGUGUCAACCUUGUAACUAAUGCUACCAUCAAUAUGACCCGGUGUUCGACCCAUCUCUCUCAAUAGUUUAACAAAUAUUGGGGCCAAAACCCACAAAACCAUUUGAGCCGUCAAUGGAAAUCUGGAGGCCUUCUUGCUCGAUGUUCCCUAUGAUGGAUAGUCCGGUUGGGGAUGGAGCAAAUGCAAAGCGAAACGUGCCCCUUUCAUCAACUUGUAUAAAAAUGUUCGUAGCUGGAAUGGUCAGGAUUGGACCACCCAUCAGGAGAAAUGAUACGGUUGGCCAGAACUGUAACAAACCGGUUUAAGUCCUAGCAUGUGUCCAAUAUUGAGAUGCUGGGUGCCCGAGGAAGGCUGGCAGUUUGCGUCAUAAAUGCCUCGUGCAACGCCGCGUAUGCCACCAUCUGAGACACACAAGUAGUAGAAUUAAGACAAACCCCCAAGAUACAAAAUUCAAAAGACAAAAGCUCAAACCCAAUCUGAAAUUACAGAAGCCCAGAAACAAUUAAAAGGAAGAUCUCUUCAAAUAACAUAAACACAAUCAAGUCACAGUCCAGAUCAGCAUAGAAUAUAAGUGUAUGUGUACUGUAAGAGAUCAGUACCACUUCAUCACGUCCAUAGGACUACUACUCCUAACCUAAGGUGUUAAGGUUCAAAAUUAGUUAAUCAAUUACACAACUAACCGAAGAAUACAAAAACUACUUCUCAAGUUCUAUUAUUUAUGUUUU